GUUACGGGAUGCAAUAAUUGGCCUCGCCGUUGCAGCCCUAUCCGCAAUUCUAAAUGGUCAAUACCCGAAAAAGCUUGCCUUUUUGGUCGAAAAAGCUUUUCAAAAUCAUGGAAAGGUUAGGCAGCGAUGAGCUCGCGGAGGUGCUAAAGAGAGUUUCUGAUUUGCAAGACCGCAAGGCUUGGUCUGAGGUAUGCUGGCAAUGGUCGAGAGUGGAGGGUUCCAUCCGUUCUUCGCUGCGUCUUCUGGAACCCGAAUCACUCCCUAAUCUGUUACGAAGGUUCCCUAGUUUGACAACCUUGAAGAUUGGCACCAGAAUUUCUGACAGCAUCCUCGCUGUCGCCGCCGAGAUAUGCCCUAAUCUCCAAACCCUUAACCUAAACUUCCAUAGAAGCCGAUGUUUCUCAGAUGCAUUCGGAAUUUCUGGAUUUGAUUUUGAAGAUAUUACUGAUGAUGGGUUAUGCAGCAUAUUGUUUGCUUGUAAGGAAUUGAUUAACUUUUCGAUGAGGAGGAGGAAACGAAUUGGGGAUGUUGGGAUCACUGCUCUUGUAUCACAUGCCAAAAAUUUAGUCUUUCUUGAUUUGUCGCGGUGCAGUAGGAUUAGUGAUAAUGCUCUGGAAGCCAUUGGUUCACUGAGUUUCUUGACGGCAUUAUAUCUUUGUGGAUGUUAUUUGAUCACUGAUCAUGGGUUGACUUCUUUGGCCCAUGGAUCAUCAUCCAAGACUUUGAGGAUUCUCGAUGUUUCAGAGUGUGAUCAGAUUACAGACUAUGGGAUCUCUUCCUUGCAGCAUAUUUCCUAUUUGCAGGAACUGAAGCUAGCAGAUUGUGGCCCCAAAGUCACUGAUUGUGGAGGUGCUUGUAUUGCUGCUAUGCCUGGCUUGAGGAAGUUGGACCUUUCAUGGCUGAUCAAUCUUUCAGAUUCUUCACUCAUUGCUAUAGCUCAGAACUGUCAGAAUCUUGUGGAGAUUAGAUUGAUAGGCUGUGAGCAGAUAACUGGUAAUGGGAUUCGUUCCUUCUCAGGCCACCAGUCAUUGGAGGACCUUGUAUUGGAUUCUUUUUACAAUGUUUCUGUUAAUGAUAUUGUGCACGUAGUGUUGGGUUGUUUGCCUUUGAGUCAUUUGAGGUUGCAUAGAGCUUUCAAGUGCUGGAUGCCAAGUUCAACGCAAGAGCAGCUUAGCAAGUUGUGUAAGAUAAGCUGGAUAUGAACAAAUGAAAUGCGAGCAUUGGGCUCUUACUUUUUCCCGAGCUGAAUUUAAUAAUUCAUUUGUUCAGAUUAUCUUUGAGGAAGGAAGUAGCCAUUCAAUGCGAAGUGGAAUGCUGCGAAAUUGAAGUAACUAAGAACUUGAUGUGAGAAGGGAGGCAUUUGUUUAUGUUAUUUUUAUAUGAAAAUUUGGUUACAUAAUUGUGAUGCUAUUUUCUGCAUCAAAUCAUUAAAAUAUAUAGUUUCCUCAUACAUUCAGCACAUGAAUAUAAGUGGUGAAAGAAAAGCGUGAUGUUAUGUACUUGAAGGAGCCUACAUGAUGCUUUACAACA